GGAGUGACAAAUUUCGGCCCAGGUUGACUGAGUCCGCUUCCGCAGUUUCUUCGAAAAAGCACACUUCCUUUCUUUUUCCUUUUAAUUGUCUAUUCCAACAAGUAAGUUUCCAUCCCUCUUGAUGCAUCAGAAUCAGAACGCGUACCUCGCAAAUCUGGAAACUCACAUAUAUCUGCCACACCUUCGUUGCUGUGGAUCCUAAAUUCCCGUCAGUUUCAGAAUUGAUCCAGAUAGAUUUUUGCCGAUCCUUCUCGAGAAUGGUGUUCAACUGGCACUCUCCGUCCAGCACUGAUUCCGACACCGAGAGUGUAGCGAAUACAGGUUCUUGUCCAUUCUUCCCAGGAACGGUGCUCUUCGCGCCUUUCUCUCAGGCCAGAACUGAUUCAGACACCAGGAGUGGAGGGAUGGGAGAGAAGGCAGAAAAGCGGAAACGGAAAUUGGGCCUAAAUUCUGACCAACUUGGAAGGAAAGCUAUGACAGGACCGCCGGCGUCUCAAAAAGCUCUUGCUAAGAACCCAAAGGUAAAGCGAGAUGCGUUGGUGGGAAGCAAGAACAAGAAGGCGGCGGCAAGUGGCAGUGGCAAGGAUGAACCUCCAGCCACGGCGAAAGUCGGGGAGGUGAUAACGCCCUACCUGAAAAUGUACACGCUGGCGGAGCUGAAGAGCACGACCCGGAACUUCAGGCCGGACACGAUGCUCGGGGAGGACAGGUUCGGAAGGGUGUUCAAGGGCUGGGUGGACGAGAGGACGCUCGCCCCGUCCGAGGUCGGCAGCGGCAUCCCGGUGGCCGUCAAGAAGUCCAAUCUCAACGGCGAUCAGGGCUUGCGCCAAUGGCAGUCGGAAGUCAAGUUCUUGGGGAAAGUUUCUCAUCCAAAUUUGGUGAGAUUACUGGGGUAUUGCUGGGAAGACGAUCACUACCUACUCGUGUACGAGUACAUGAAGAGGGGAAGCCUAGAAAAUCACCUUUUCAAAAGGAAAGCUGGACCACUUCCGUGGGACGUGAGGCUUAAAAUAGCCAUCGGAGCUGCCCGUGGGCUUGAAUUCUUGCGUACACCCGAGAAUAACGUCAUCUACCGGGAUUUUAAAUCUUCCAAUAUAUUAUUGGAUGAGGACUACAAUGCCAAGCUCUCGGAUUUCGGGCUAGCAAAACAGGGACCAGUGGGUGGGAACUCUUAUGUGACCACGCGAGCGAUCGAGAUGGAUGGCUAUGCGGCUCCUGAGUACUCUGCCACCAGUAAGACAGAGAUCCUGUCCGCGGGCGAUUUUGGAUCGGUGACAACAAUGCUCUUUAGAAGAUUACGAGAUUACUUGGCAGAACAUCUGUAUGUGAAGAACAAUGUAUACCGUUUCGGGGUGAUUCUCCUAGAAAUGUUGACGGGUUUACAAGCGCUCGACAAUACCCGCCCCAGCGGCCAGCAGAAUCUGGUGGAAUGGGCAAGGCCGUUGCUCCACAACAAGAGGAAGCUGAGGAAGAUAAUGGAUCCGAGAUUAGAAGGACGAUACCCUCUGGAAGCUGCAACUCAGGCAGCUGGGCUCACCCUCAAAUGCCUGGAGGAUGAGCCUAAAGCGAGGCCCUCGAUGGAUAAAGUGUUGGCGACAUUAGAACAUAUCAACACCAUUUGGGAGAAGAAGGAGACCAAGGCUGGCGCAUCGAGUCCACCUUCUUCUCACCAGCAUCAUCACAACCACCAUUGAUUACCAAUUCAUCACAAUCAUAGUGCCGACAGUCCUCGUGGAUCUGAAAGUCAAUACUCCCCAUCCGCGGUGUCGAGGACUUAUUGAGAUGGAAAUUUCAACUUAUUUAGUAAGAUAUGCAACUCAGGCGGUAGAAAUUUGCAAGUAGAAUGUCAGCAACUCUAAAGGCGGUUCUCUUGUUAAAUUUUUGUCACGGAUCGCAGUGCAGGUGGGGUUGGCUCUUCACGGCCAAAUUUGUGUGUACAGUUGUCUAGACUGGAGUUCCACACAUGAUCAAACGUUUCAACAGAGAUGCAUUCGAAUUAUUUGUGA